AUGGCCCAUCCAAUGCCUAUACCACAACAAACUCAAUACCCGGGUCCGAUGCCUCAACAUCAUCAAAAUACUGGGCAACAGCGACAUGCCUCAAGCGGACAACACCAGAGCUUUGGGCAAAAUUCUCCAAGAGAGACUGAAGAUUUUCCCUUAGAUUCCAUCCAAGCCCCUCUUCUCGUAUCAUUCAUAUUAGAGAGGCCCAGGAACGACAUCAGCUGGGAAGAUGUUGUCCCCGAGCAACAACACGUCAGAGCUCAUGACCUCAAAAAGGAGGUACUGAAGUUUCGACGUAACUACAACAACGUCAAAAAGGCUUUGGACGAAAUAUCCUCUCCAAACUGUCGCAGAAUCAUCAAUGAACUGGUCGAAGAGCAGAAUGUUUUCCUGACCAAACACAACCCGACCAUGGAGUACAGGAUCGUGAGUCUGAUAAAGAAGUUUCGAGAACGCGCCUCUUUGACGCGCCGCGAGAGAUACCUGGCACGUGUGGACAUAAUCUUGGAAGCAGAAGACUCUGGCCUCCAAGGUACAAAGACGGGAGUUGGAAUGGCUAGCGAUAAACUUCAAGAUUCCAACCGGGUCAAGCAGGGCGAGAGUCUUCCACAGUUCCAGGGUCGAGUCAACAAUCAAAGCCAGAAUAUGCCAGCACCACAACAGAUGCCUCAGCAGCGACCUCAACCUCAUGGCCCGCAUAACGUGCCGCCUCCUCCACACCCUGAGCUAACGCGUGGUCAGCCUCCUCCUCUUCAUGUUGUUAAUCCAGGCAACAUUCAUAUGCCGAUGCCCACUCCCCAUGUACCGCCUCCACUUCCACCUCAACCACAUCUAAGUGGAGGUAUGAACGGGCAAACUCCAGUAGCUGGCCCACCUGCGCCGCCGCCACCGCCGCCACCACCACCUAAUGGAGGGGCCCAUCCAGUUAUGUCAGGACCUCGCGGGCACCCACCACCAAUUCAGUCACCCUUACCGCAGGGUCUAUCAGGCAUGCCCGGCAGUUACCCCGAGGCUAUACCAAUGUCAGUACCAAGGCACGUACCAGGUCGUAGGCCAGGCCCGAUCAACAAGACAAUGGACCCCGAGUUACCUAGGAGCCAGCAAACCAAGCACAGGAGCCACAUGGAUACAUCCAGUUUAUACUCAGAGGGUGAAGUUAGUUGGGAAGAUGAGUCGGAGGGUUCUAGCUUCGUCGACAUCGACAGCGACAUGCAUAGGGAAAUGCAUCCGCGCGAACCCGAACGCGGACGACAUGCUAAGGGGUCAAGAAACAAUCCGAGACAUCGUAUGCAUAGUAGAAGCAAGCGGCAAAGUCGAAGUCGCAGCCGGAGUCACCUACGCAGAGGCAUUCACCAGCAAAAUGCACGGCAACCAAUGCGGAGACAUCGGCCCAGUAGUGAUAUUGACGAAGGAUACACUGGCAGACGUACCCCAGACACACCAGGUUCGAGUUCUCCUCAACCCGUACGUGCGAAGCUCUCUAGUCAAGCGCCAGCGAACAUUCACAUCCACAUGAACACAAACAGCACUGCAGAUGACAGAACACGCAGCGGCAACGCCUCGCCCACCAGCCUCUACAGUGAGAAGAGGAUGCCAGGGAAAGUUUACAAUUCACACGACGAUAUGUCCGAUGCAUCAUGGGAUCGCGCAAGCGGUACUGGUUCCUGGCACACCUCGUCUGUCCACACGGCCGAGGAUAAUAUGUGGGACGCACCUUCUCGGCCUCAGCCUACAAAGCGUGAGCACAGCCAGCGCAAGCCGACUUUUGCAGCGCGCCCAAACGACGCCUUUGAUCCCCAGCGUCGAAGCCCCAACCCCAACACUGCCGAUCUGCGCUCCGCACAGAGACCCAGAUACCUCAGGGAACCAAGCAACGAGCACAUGUCCACUUGCUCAUCCAUGCGAGAGCCCAUGCGAGAGCAAGAGCGGGACCGCGAGUACCCAUCUUACCCCGACGACCAACACCCCUACCCUCCCCGUCCGCAUCUCCCGCACCGCCGCACCACCCCAGCACUGCCCCGUACCCAACACACCAACAACCCCUUUGCUUCACCCUUCCCUCCUGCCCCUCCUAAGCCCGCCCGCACCGCCUCUUACAAUCCAGAUGUAUAUGAUCAUGCGUACUCGCCGGCCCAGCCGCGUAGGAGACAGACAGAAGCUGCACUGCACGAUGAGCAGAUCAAUCUACGUGACUUGCGCGAUGCGCUGGAGUGGGCGCGCGAGAAGAAUAAAGAGAAGGAGAGUAUGCAGUCGGUGAGGUAUGGAGAUGAUGUCUCGCGCAGGAGGAGAAGGGAUUCUACCAUGGAUUAUGAUGAUGAGUGGGAUUUUGAGAGAAGUGGUGGUGGGUACUAA